AAUUUUGACUACGGCUACAUUUACUACAGCACAUUGCAGUUUACCUGGAAUAUUAUUCACAGAUAUCUACAUACAAUUUAUAUUUCUGUUACAUUCUAGAUUUACAUCUAUGCUUUUCGGUGGUCUGCAAAACAAAUCUGGAGCCUUUCCCUGGCGAUGUUUUAUCCAGCCUUUCCCUAGCGCUGCAGCCCCUCUGCUGCUACGCCGGAUACAGGAUGUUGUGUGCGGUUUGUUUACCUCAUCAGAUCACCUCAAAGAAGUUAAAGUCCAAGAUGGCGGCGGGAGACAACAGCGGUCGGCCUCCUUGUUUAAAUUUCUCCAGUGCUGGCCCUCUGGGCAACAGUCAGCCGAGCAAUAGUCAGUAUACCUUCGCCACAAGCAACGGCGGGUCCGUUGGAGCAGCGGGAGGAUCGCAGAGUUUGACGAGACGCUCAAAUCCUCAAACGGGGCCUAAUGGCCCCGAAAGCGCCGCCGUCGCAGUUGGCCUCUCGCCGAACAUACGGAACUCUCUCCCGCAAGCCGUGGCUCAGGGCCCGGCGGCGGCAGGAGCGGUCGGCGGUUCAAUGGCAGCCGUAGCGUCCAAUAUGAUGGGGUCCGCGUCGAAUUUAACGCCGGCGCCGGUACCGGCGACGCACUCCUCACUCUCGGCGCCGCCGGCUGCGGCGGCGGUUCUGGUCUACAGAGAGCCCGUCUAUAACUGGCAGGCGACGAAAAGUACCGUGAAGGAAAGGUUCGCAUUUCUCUUUAAUAACGAGGUAUUGAGCGACGUCCAUUUUCUGGUGGGCAAAGGGAUGGGAGUUCAGCGAAUACCUGCUCACAGGUUUGUGUUAGCGGUCGGUAGUGCUGUGUUUGAUGCCAUGUUUAACGGAGGCAUGGCCACCACGUCAACAGAAAUAGAGCUCCCAGAUGUAGAGCCCGCAGCCUUCUUGGCUUUGCUGAAGUUCUUGUACUCCGACGAGGUCCAGAUCGGACCCGAGACUGUGAUGACCACUCUGUACACGGCGAAGAAGUAUGCUGUGCCUGCACUGGAGGCCCACUGUGUGGAGUUUCUCAAGAAGAACCUGCGUGCUGACAAUGCUUUCAUGCUCCUCACGCAGGCCCGGCUCUUCGACGAGCCCCAGUUGGCUAGCUUGUGCCUUGAGAACAUCGAUAAGAACACAGGAGACGCGCUGGCAGCGGAGGGCUUCACAGACAUAGAUCUGGACACGCUGGUAGCUGUACUGGAGAGGGACACGCUGGGGGUGCGGGAGGUGCGACUGUUUGGCGCCGCAGUGCGCUGGGCCGAAGCCGAGGCCCACCGGCAGCAGCUGCAGCCCACGCCCGAGAAUAAGAGACGCGUGCUGGGGAAGGCCCUCACCCUCAUCCGCUUCCCCCUCAUGACCAUCGAGGAGUUCGCUGCAGGUCCAGCGCAGUCAGGCAUCCUGACGGACCGAGAGGUGGUCAGCCUCUUCCUGCACUUCACGGUGAACCCCAAGCCGCGCGUGGACUUCAUCGACCGGCCGCGCUGCUGCCUGCGAGGGAAGGAGUGUAGCAUCACGCGCUUCGGCCAGGUGGAGAGCCGCUGGGGCUACAGCGGCACCAGCGACCGCAUCCGGUUUUCAGUAAAUCGGAGGAUAUUUAUUGUGGGUUUUGGACUAUAUGGGUCUAUACAUGGACCUACAGACUAUCAGGUCAACAUACAGAUUAUUCACACAGAUAGUAACACAGUCCUCGGACAGAACGACACAGGUUUCAGUUGUGACGGGUCAGCAAACACCUUCAGGGUCAUGUUCAAAGAGCCGGUGGAGAUUCUGCCCAACGUGAAUUACACGGCAUGUGCUACCCUAAAGGGUCCAGACUCCCAUUAUGGUACCAAAGGCAUUCGAAAGGUCACCCACGAGUCCUCAGGGUCGGGCACCAAGACCAGCUUCACCUUCUGCUAUGCGGCCGGCAACAACAACGGCACUUCUGUCGAGGACGGACAGAUCCCCGAGAUCAUCUUCUACACAUAGUGACCCUUGACCUCUUUGGGGUGCCAGGAGCAGUAGGUUCUUUGAGCUGUGUCACAAAUGGCUCACUGGUGGACUUUUAUUUUGUCAGGUGCACUAUAACAGAUUGGAAGAACUUAUGAGUGAUGUAGUGGGUGGUAGAGUUACAUAAAGACUGCCUACUGCUCACACCUCCCUCAGAAACUGCACUUUGUAUGUGCAGUGCUUAUCUGCAUACCUAAUGACUGAGAAAUUGUAAUAUUAAGAAGGAACCUGCGUCAUCCUGCAUUAAAGGUCCAUAUUGAUGUAACAGAACCCACAGGCUGUGAACAACUCCCAUUUUGGUAUAUCACUGACUGACCUGAAUGUUAUUUAAGUGGGCAAGAGAGCUGCCUUUUACACUGACUUGCUUGAGUAAAAUGAGUUCAUUGUGAUUUAGUGAAUACCUUUUUCAAACUAAGGACAGCUAAUACCCUGCUCUUGGAUGCAAUGCAAAUUGGACUGGGUUAAACUGCAUUCACAAGUCUGUCGCACCUGUUUAUGCCAACUGGGGAAAUGAGGACAGAUGAAGCCAUUCUAGAAUACUAGGGAAGUCUGCACCCUCAGGUUCCCUUGUGUUUCUGUGCCAAAAUAUUGUCCUCACAUACAAAUGCCUUUUUAUAAGCCAAUUAACACGCUAGAGCUCAAUUAUGUUAGGUUCCUGAAGGGAACUAUUAAAAAAUAAUCAACAACCUAAAUUUACUUUAAGCCAUGCAUGCAUUUUGAAUGUCACUUUGGAGUGUUUUGUAAAGUCGCAUGCAUGGGAACCCUCCAAAGUUGAAGUAUCGGCCCUCCAAGUUGGUUCUGCCUAAUGUAUCAAAUUCUUAUCCUAGUGGUGACUUAAUUAAAAUAGAAUGCACCGAGUUCUCAUAUAAAGCUGGGGCAAAUACGUCCGUUUAAAUAAAUUGUCACAUAUCAAGUUGUUGCCGUGUUCGUGUGUGUCUUGCAGCUCAGGACUGUGAAACCUCAUGGAUGUAAAGGAGAAACAUAUAUCUUUGACACCCAUAAUAGCUUCCCCCCCCCCCCCCCCCGUCCAUAGUGAAAAUACUUUAUUGAACAAAACGUGGCCCCUGCAUGUUUGGGACCUCUUCAUUGAAAAGCAGUGAGAUUUGACAGGUCUCACCUUAACUAAUCUGCCAAAUUAUUUGUACAAAGGCCCUCUUGCGCAUAUUUAAAUAUAUCUUAAAAAUAACCAAACCUGGAGUCCUAUAUGUUGUGUUUUUGUUGACCAAUAUCUAGCCACCAUACAAGGACUGUUUCAUCACUAAUCAUUAAUGUAACUCGAGGGAUUUGUAUUUAAAACCUGUUUUGUUUGGUUGGUUGUUUUUUGUUUUUGUCCAAUCGGUUUUCAUUUCUAUACAGACUAUUCACUUGUGUGUGUAUGUGUGUAAUGAUAUUUUUAUUUUUAUUUUUUUCAAAAAUGGUAAUUGCAUCAUGCAAGUGUUAUUUAGUGAGUCUAAACAUGGCUGUAAAUGGUUUGGUUAUGAAUGAAUGCUGUGAAUGGCAGUGGGCCUGAACUGUGCACAGAAAAACACUUUUUUUUUCCCCCUUUUUUAUUUUUGGUGAUGUGUGUAAUUUUCUUGCUGAAGGGUUAAGAUUAGGACUGCAAGAUUGGCAUACUAGCAUCUGAAAAUAAACCUUGUCUGUAUCAGCAGUGUAGUUG